AUGCGAGGGAACCCGCUGAGCUGUGAAAUAUCUAAGCUAGGACCCCCGAUGGUUCUCCACAGCUCCAAAAAAGGUUCUUCCUGGGCCAGGGACAGGUCACGCGAGGAGAGUCAGAACCCCAGAGAGAAACAGGACUUUUCCAAACAGCAAGAGCUCUGCUGGUAUCAGGAUUCACGGAGGGUUUUUGCCACUUACCCCAAUGAGGACUACGACAGGCGUAAUGAAGACGUUGAUCCCAUGGCAGCGUCUGCAGAGUACGAGCUGGAGAAGAGGGUGGAGAGGCUGGACCUGUUCCCCGCAGAGCUGGAGAAAGAUGGUGAGGGUCUGGGCAUCAGUAUCAUCGGGAUGGGUGCAGGGGCUGACAUGGGCCUGGAGAAGCUGGGCAUCUUUGUGAAGACAGUCACGGAUGGAGGAGCAGCACAGAAGGACGGCAGGAUCCUGGUGAACGAUCUGAUUGUGGAGGUGGACGGGACCAGUUUGGUGGGAGUCACCCAGAACUUUGCCGCCUCCGUACUCAGGAACACCUCAGGAACCGUCAAGUUUGUGAUUGGUCGAGAGAAGCCGGGGGAGCAGAGCGAGGUGGCGCAGCUCAUCCAGCAGACCCUGGAGCAGGAGCGCUGGCAGAGGGAGGUGAUGGAGCAGCGCUACAACCAGUACAUGGACGACCAGGAGGGCGGAGAAUACGGCACAGACGAGGAAGAGGACGAGGAUGAGGAGGUGAGCCCGCCGUAUCCCAGCGCCAUCGAGGUGUUCGACCUGGCAGAGAACGAGGACAUGUCGCCCCUGGAGACGGACCCUGAGAAACUAGCACAUAAAUACAAAGAGCUCCAAAUAAAGCAUGCGGUGACCCAGGCCGAGAUCCAGCAGCUGAAAAGAAAGCUGCACCACGCGGAGCAGGACAAGCAGCGCUGGCGGAUGGACAAGGCCCAGCUGGAGCAGACGCUGCAGGAGAACAAGGAGCGCAUGGACAAGCUGGAGGGAUACUGGAUGGAGGCGCAGAGCCUGUGCCAGGCGGUGGACGAGCACCUGAAGGAGACGCAGGCGCAGUAUCAGGCUCUGGAGCGCAAGUACAGCAAAGCCAAGCGUCUGAUCAAGGAGUAUCAGCAGAAGGAGAUCGAGUACCUGAAGAAGGAGACGCAGCGCUGUGCACAGGAUGGAGCCGAGGCCUCUCUACUGAAGGAGGAGUCCGGACAGCUUCAGGAGCAGGUGGCUGACCUGGAGUGCCGGGUGGAGGAGCUGAAAUCUGAACCUUUAUAAAAGCCUUUCGUCCGUUACCUCUCAGAAAGCAGCACUCCACCAGAGGAAGGAGAGAGAGAGAGAGAGAGAGAGAGAGUUAUUGUUCUCUCAAUGACCUGCAGGGUAUUUUCUCGUCACCACCUCGAGCUUGGUUUCCGGUCGCAUACUGUAUAUAUGUGUCCUCAGACUUCUGCCACUUAACCCUUUUUAACCAUGUUUUUCUGUUUUAUGGGAACUGAAGAACAGCUUUAUCAUCACAAAUACAGACUCUGUUGAGCUCUAGGUGUACUGUUCCCUUUUCAUUUCCGCAGUUCAGUAUUUAAUCCAUAAUUUGUGGUUGUGUGACAGACCAAGCUGUUGCUUUUGAUUGCCAAAAAACAAAAUCCCUUCCUUUCUUUCGCCUAGUUUUGUGACCUUUUUUUGUACAGAUGUGAUACUGUGUGGUUUUAACAAUCAGUUUGGUUUGUAAAAAAUUCAAAUAUGUGUAUAACAUUUUAACAUAAUAUAAACUAAUGAGAUUUGAGGGUUGUUGUAUAUUUUACAUGAUGAUGUAUAAAUUGGAGAUUGCACUGAAGGACACUUCAACAAGGUGCUUCACUGGAGCGGAGGGACAACGCGGGAACAAUGUUUUGAGGUGUCUUUGGAAUUGUUCAAACUGUAAACCCAACCUUCGUAGGGGUCUUGUCGUCACUUAACCUUGAGAACCACCUGCUGCCUACCUUUCAGAAGUGUUUGUGUAUUUUUUACACAUUAAGACUCAGUAAUGAGCGUUCAAUCCUCCGGUUUCAACCCCUUGCUUCUUUCAGAAAAAAAGGACCACAGAAACAAGCCUCCACAACUGCUGUGCCACAAAAUGGAUCUCUUUGUCCCUUAAAAAUGGAUGUUGUCAAGGAACUUGUGUAACUGGUAUUAGUUAGGACUACUGAUAUAAGAAACUAUACUGGACUGGGAUGUUAAAGAAGUCGUUACCAGCAGCAAAGUUAGAUUUAAAUAGCUUGUGUCUCGAACCAGCAGCUGCACUUGACACCGCUGUGUGUAGCACAUGGAAAACACUGCCAGGUUAAUCCCUGUUUUCAAUUUACGCACAGUUUAAAAUUGAGUCUACUUGUGUUGACUGUCAUACCAGUAUGUUUGUAUAGUUCAGGUAAGACUGAAGUAUUUUAAUUUUACUUAAUAUUUAUAAUAUAAUCAAGUGGGAAAUACGAGCUAACAAGGACAGAAACUGACAAAGGCAAUGUUCAAUGGACAGUCAAACUGUGCCAUUAAAAACACGUAGAUCUGGAUGACUACAGAAACAAAUUUAAAGAUUAUUGAA